AUGACCGAUUGUGACAGCUCUAGAAACAAUAUUCUGCUUGCACAGUACCCACCAGCUCGAAUAACGGCUGCCUCUAGGCCUACGCAAGACCCUGUGUUCUACUAUAAAUACAACAUCAUCGUUCUCUCGGUAGGGGGUAAUUUGUUCCGAAUUCCAGCAUCGUUUCUUGCCCCAGACCCAGGCAUCCAAGAUUAUGAACUCAAAUCUUACAUGAAGAGCGCAUUCGAUUUAUCUACCAAUUCUAGCAGUAAUGCAGGAUUCAAUGAUAAAGAUCCGAUAGUUCUCCCUCCCAAUAUUUCAGUUGAAACAGUUCGCGACCUUUUGACAGUUUCAUCAGGUGGAAUGCGAUUAAUUAUAAGUAACUUGGUCUGCAAGGCUUAUGAUUGUCCGGACGAAUCAAAAGACUUGUCCGACCAUACUAUCAUUGCCAUAUGUGCCGACCUUUACACGGAAAAAGAUCUUCUAGUCAACACUCCUGAUAUGUUCGGCUUCAUAUUUUCUGUUGUCCUUUCGUUGGGCCACCGUUCUCGCGUAUGGACUCGUCUUACUCGAGAGCAACGUAGAGUGUUAUACGCAGGCAACAGUACCCUCGUUCAACUAUGCGAUCACACCGAUUUAGGAAUCAACUGGUUGCUAGAGCCGUCAGAGAUACUCGAGAUAUUCAAAGACUGUCCCAAUUGUCGCAAUCCUUCAAACAUCAAUAAAUGGUGGAGCGAUACGUUUGGCAGAUGCCAAGGGCUAAACUCUCCAAUUCCUUCGGAAGAUAUUCGUUAUAUCGUACGCCUACCUGAAUACAGGUAUUCAAUCUCCUGGGCAUCCAAGUCCCAACCAUGGCUGCCCUGUGGUAGCAAGUGUAUUCACACUUUAAGAACUUAUAUUGACGAGCAUAUGGAAGCCUUGUAUUGUGCUUUGGCGAAGAAGUAUAGGUAUCUGGAGGAGUAA